UGAGAAGAGUGAUGCAAAUACCAUGGAGCUCCAGAAGAAGCCAUUGCAUGAUGGGCAUGACCAAGCUUUGGUUCAGUCUCUCACUUCAACCACUUGCCUCAAUUCUCCAAUUUUCUUCUCUCACCCAAACCCAAAACCCCUCCAAUCCACCAAUUGCUCUGACGAAGCAAGUCUUCACCACCCUCUUACAAUCAUGCUCUUCCUACCCAAACCACCUCAAGCAAAUUCAUGCCCUCAUCCUCACCACAGGCCUCUCUAUCAAGAACAGCCUCAUCACCCAACUUCUCACCAAUCUCACACUCUUAGGGGACAUGUCCUAUGCCCGCCAAUUAUUCGACCAAAUGCACAAGCCACGCGUUUUUCUGUGGAGCACCCUUAUCAAAGCCUAUGUCAAAAAUGGUAUUUUUACGGAGGCGGCUUUUGUUUAUAGACAAAUGCACCUUCUGGGUGUUCGUCCUGACCAGUUUACUUACACGUUUGUGGUCAAGGCAUGUGCUGAACUGCCCGAAUUAUGGGCUGGAUCAGCUGUCCUUGCCCAUGUGGUGAAAUAUGGGUUGGAAUUCGUUGCUAUGGUGAGGACUGAGCUGAUACUAAUGUUUGCGAAAUUCGGAGAAUUGGGUAUGGCGGAUUUUCUAUUUGAAACUAUGGUUGAGAGGGAUUUGAUUGCUUGGAAUGCUUUCAUUGCGGCUUGUGUACAAAAUGGCAAUGCUGGUAAGGCUCUUGCAUUGUUUCGCCAGAUGGAUGUUGCUGGAAUUAAGCCUGAUGCUGUUAGUGUUGUGAGUGCCUUUUCAGCUUGUGGUCAAUUAGGGUGUUUGGAGAAUGGGCAAGAAAUCUAUGGGAUCGUGAGAAAAUAUGGGAUUGUUUGCAAUAUAAUUGUUGCCAAUGCACGGCUUGAUAUGUAUGUGAAAUGUGGUAGCAUAGACAUGGCUGAGGCGUUGUUUGAGGAUAUGCCUCAGAGAAAUGUUAUUUCCUGGAGCACUAUGGUAAUAGGGUAUUCCAUAAAUGGGGAGAGUGAAAAGGCAUUGAAUAUGUUUUCGAGGAUGCAAAAACAUGGAGUGCAACCAAACCAUGUCACUUAUCUUGGAGUUUUGUGUGCAUGUAGCCAUGCUGGGCUUGUAAAUGAAGGCAAGGCUUAUUUUAGUCACAUGGUCCAAUCUGGUAACAAGAAUAUUCGACCAAAAAUAGAGCACUAUGCAUGUAUGGUUGACCUUCUAGGCCGGUCAGGACAUCUUGAGGAGGCCUAUAAUUUCAUAAGAAGUAUGCCAAUUGAACCGGAUUCUGGGGUGUGGGGAGCUUUAUUGGGUGCCUGUACAAUCCACCAAAAUGUUGAACUGGGCCAGCAUGCAGCUGAUUUACUUUUUGAAGUAGCUCCAGAUAUUGGUUCAUAUCAUGUCUUAAUGUCAAACAUAUAUGCGGCUGCUGGAAGAUGGGAUUUUGUUGAUAAGGUGAGGCUCAGAAUGAGAAAAAGAGGUGUUAAGAAAAUAGCUGCCUACAGCUCCGUUGAAUGUAAUGGGAAAUUCCACAUUUUCUAUGGUGGAGACAGAUUGGACCCGGAGUCAUCAGAAAUAUAUGAGAAGUUGGAGGACUUAUUGAGAGAAGUGAAGAGUAUAGGUUACAUUCCAAAUACCAGCUCCGUGUUUCAUGAUGUAGACAUAGAGGAAAAGGAAGCCACACUGAACAGUCACAGUGAAAAGCUAGCCGUUGCAUUUAGUCUUAUAAAUCUAAGGCCUGAAUGCCCAAUUAGGGUGGUGAAGAAUCUGAGGAUUUGUGACGACUGCCAUAGUUUCUGUAAAUUUGUUUCUAAAACUACCAAAAGGGAGAUUGUCAUGAGAGAUAAAAUCCGUUUUCAUCAUUUUAGAAAUGGUGAUUGUUCAUGCAACAACUUUUGGUGAUCGCAAGAAAUACUAAUGACUGGCAUAUGGUGAUUGAAGAAGAACCAAGUAUGAGCUCAUAAUAGAUACUAGCUAUGGCUCGAAGGUGACUAUUAUAUUGCCUACGUCAAUGUACCUGAACUAGUUUGUGCACUUGCAUUGACAAAGUAUCAACGGCAACAGAUAUCUUAUAUUUGGCGAUGCUGAAAAAGUGGACUUCCUACGUGAACUUCUGCACGGCACUAAGAGGUUUGAGGAAAGCAAUUUUUUUGGUGGAGAAUGUUUAAUUUCAGUUCGUAUACAUCACCAAGGAAUUUUGACUCAGAUUGUGAAACAGUGCGUAAUGUUUGCCACAAAAAUCUCAUCAAGAUCCUUGGCACUAGAAUAAACGCCUAAUGGGAGCCUUGAGAAAUGGCUUUACUCUCACAGCUGUUUUCAAGAUAGAUUGCAGAGACUAAAGGUAGUGGUGGAUGUUGCCUCAAUAUUUGCAUAUCUCCAUCAUGGUUAUUCAGUAUCUGCCUCGCUGUGAUAAAAAGCCAAAGCAUUGUCCUUCUUGAGGAAGGUAUGGUUGCACCUGUAUCUGACAUUGGCAUUUCCAAACUCUAUGGAAACAGAGCAUCUACAAUACUAAUCAAGACUGUUUCUACGAUUUGGAUAUAUGGCCGUGGAACUAUGUGACGUUUCUAAUCUAUCAUCUAGAGCUUAUUACAGAAGGGGGGUAGUAUCUACAAGAGGUAACGUUUGCAGUUAUGGCAUAAUGUUAACAGAAAUUUUCACUAGAAUAAAGCCGAAAGAUGAACAUUUUGCAGGAGAACUGGGUUUGAGAGAUUGGGUUGGUGACUCAUUACAUGGUUCAACAGUUAAGUUGGUGACACAAAUUUGCUAGGCAAUGAAGAUGAUCAUUUUGUUGAACGAGAAGUGUAUAUCUUGUGUCUUUAGACAUGGCAUUCAUCCAAGAUUCACCUGUGGAGAGAAUUGAUAUGAAAUAUGCGGUGACAAAAUUUACGAGAAAUAGAGGACGAUUUCUAGCAAAUAUUGGCUUUGAAGUAAAGAGCCAAGCAAUGUUUUUGGUAGUUUCUUGUUUGUUUCCUCUAUGUAAAGACCAUGUAUGCAUCUGUACAUUGAGCACUUUCAAUAUACAUGUCCAUUAACACUUGCAAUAUU